UAUAUACGGAUAUACCAACACCGCCUCCCCUGAAAAUUUAACCCUAACCCUAACCCUAACCCUAACCGUAUUCGCAAUUCAAUCGGCCUUUAAAUACCUGCACAAAGCACCCUCAAUUUCACAUUCUCACCGUUUCUCAUUUUCUGGGGAAAGCCGGCUCUCUCUUGUAGAUCCCUUAUUCAAUUGGGUACUCGAAAUCACGCAAAAGUUGUGUGAGUUAGGUGUUUCAAUCGAUCCAUCAAAAAUAAGCCGAGAAGUCGUUGUGAAUGGUGGAAAUCUUGAGUAGUAGUUGUAAUUACAUGCUCUCCCUUUGUAAAUCAAGGGCGAGCGUCGUUCUUCUUCCGCUCUCCGCCGCUUCUGCUUUCGCUUUUGGCUCUUGCAAGGAAGGCUGGUACUACCGCUGCCUCGGCGUCGACCCCUAAAUUCCUUCGUCUGCAACCUCGAUUUCUCUCUCUUUUCUUCUUUUUCUUUUUGAAUCAAAUAUCUGCUAACUUAAAAAAAAAUUCACAAAAAUAGGAACACCCAAAUUUCUUGCAUUGUUUCAUUGGUAUUGAUAUCGAUUCGAUUUUUCUGGGAUUCGUUUCGUCUGUGUUUUUCUCGAUUCGAAGAUGGUGCUUUACAAGCAGAAGAAGAAUCAGAUCGCUAAGGGCAAUAGGUUCUUGAUUAGCAUUACUGUGCUGGGGAGUGCUGGGCCCAUCCGCUUUGUGGUCAGUGAGGAGGAGCUUGUUGCAGGGGUGAUUGAUAUGGCAUUGAAGUCCUAUGUUCGUGAGGGACGCCUUCCGGUUCUUGGAUCUGAUUUCAAUGAUUUCUUCCUGUAUUGCCCCGGUACUGGAUCAGAUGCUCUGAGUCCAUGGGAGACAAUUGGAUCAAAAGGAUUCCGUAACUUCAUGCUGUGCAAGAAGCCACCCACAGAGAAAGUGGCAGUGGCAGAUGCUGAAGGAUCACCUGCAGGUAUUGCUCGUAAGGGAAGUGGGAGUUGGAAGGCUUGGCUCAAUAAAUCCCUCAAUCUUAAGAUCUCCUCUCAUUAGUUCAUUUUCCCUCAAAUUUGCUUUUUGUUCCCUAAUAUUAUGCACAACCAAAUUUGGUCAUCUCUGAUGUUUGUACUCUUUUUUUUCUCCUUAAAUUUCCUGUCCUGGUUAGAGUCGGAGAAACCUGAACUCCUUGUACUCUUGACGUUUUCUUAUUUCAAUAAUUGAGAUGCCUAUGGUUAUUGAAUAAUAACAUUUAGCAGUUUGCAACUUCAA